CUUCUUUUUGAUAGUGAUUGUUGUGCUAAUAUACUUAAAAGUAUUUUCACCCGCCAGAAAGCAAAGCCAAAAGAACUUUGAUGUAUCUGUGUUUCCUUUGUAGACUGCAGGGUCCUUUGAUCACAAAGAGUUCUGACCAAUGGAUUACUACUUCAGUUGUUGAAAAUUUCCAUGUCCUACCUUAUGCACAGGUGAUCAGAGAAUGUUUCUUAAGGAAAGCAUUUGCUGACAAUCUACAAGAUCAGAGUUCAGGAGAAAGAGAAAGAGAACUGGAUUUAAACAGCUCCGAAAGGGGUGAAAGACAGUGUGAUUUAGAAUCUGAUACUGAUGGUGAUGGAUAUAGUUGCCAGAUAAACAGUGGUAUCAUGGAAGCUGCUGAAACUGGUGCUAGUAUUGAAUCAAGAACACAGAAUGUUAACCACAGGCAUUGUACCAAUGGUUUUUCAGAUGUUAUCAGCAGUCCCCACAAUAUGGAUGUUGAUGACUCUGAUGGAGUUCACUGGGAAUGCAAAGCUACAAUUGAAGAUAUUAACUGUAGGGUCGAACUUAAUCCUCACAUAAUUGUGAACCCUUGCACAGAGAGUGAUUUAAGUGUCACAAAUGAGGGUGCGAAGGUUGGUUUAUUAUCCUUGUCUUUGUCGCUAUAGUUCUUUAACUCUUUUAUUUCGUUGUUUGGCUUAGUCUUGCAUAAGAUAGUUCAAUUUUAUGAGAUCCCCUCUUAGGGUAGACAUGCAGACACUUGUUAGCAAAGCUUACCUAGCAGUUUAAGCUAUUAUAACAAGUGACCAUUUAACAUUAUAUUAGGGUUGACUUAUAGCAAAGCUACUAGCCUAUUAUAACCACUG